ACAUCAUCAACGUACCCCAAUUUUUGUCUUCGACGUCCGCUCUUUUCAACCAUGUUUGUUCGCUCCAUCCUUUUGGGUGGCGCGGUUGCUCUGGGCGCCAGCGCGAUGCUGGUCGUCCCUGAGAUGGAAGCCCAGAUGGAUAACAAGCAACUGGAAAGUAUCGAAGACGAUUUUGUGAACAUCAUGCAGCCCGUCUACGCCGACGUUACUUUUGCUGUGAUGCUGAAGUGCGAUGAAUGUCCCUUCCGCGAAGUCAACGAGGAGGGCGUCGUCAGCUGGACUGAGGACAAGCCAUCUUCUCUCCUUGUUGAGUUCCAUGUCGAAGAAAACCGUCUGCUGGCCAACGACCAACAGAUCUUCCCUCCCGUCCCCCCAGGCCCAAUCACUGCCAACCAGGUCGCCCGUGAUAGCGACGAAGAGUCGAACCCCGUCCCCGUUGGCUACGCCCUCGAAGUCAUGCCACACCCCCGUCCCGCCGAUGCGCAGGAUGCUGAUAUGCUCGAUGUCCGUUUCACUAUUCUCGACCUUGAGGCACACCCUGUUCCCGUUGACACUGUUGCGAUUACUCUGAUCCUCACACCGACCGGCGACUUGUUCCUUGCCGAUGGUGACAUCGAGAAGUCCACCCACCACCAUGAGAAGUUGUCCUGGAAGAAGUGCCACGGCAAGCCUAAGUGCCUGCAAGAGCUCCUCUUCUCCCGCAUUCAUGGACUAUUGUCGGCUGCUAAGGACCGUGUCAUGGGAAUCGCUGGUAUGAAGGGCUGCAAGGGCAUGAAGGGUAUGGGUGGCCACCACAAGCACCACGGCGAUUUCGAACUUGAGGGCGAGAAGGGCCCCCACCACAUGCAUCAUGAUGAGUUCGACUUCGAUGGCGAGAAAGGCCCCCACCACAAGCACCACGACGAGUCCGGCCCCGAGGGUGAGAAGGGUCCUCACCACAAGCACCAUGACGAGUUCGACCCCGAGGGUGAGAAGGGCCCCCACCACAAGCACCAUGACGAGUUCGACCCCGAGGGUGAGAAGGGCCCCCACCACAAGCACCAUGACGAGUUCGACCCCGAGGGUGAGAAGGGCCCCCACCACAAGCACCAUGACGACUUCGACCACGAGGUUGAGCUGUCCCUGCCCCCUCCUUUCAAGGACUUUGAGGAUUUCGAUGAAUUCAAGGCCAACCACCCUUGGGCCAACCACCAUGGUUUCAGCGCUGAGGAUGCGGAGGGUCGUCCUCCUCACCCCCACCACAUGCACGGCCCUCCCCACGGCCCUCCCCACGGUGCUCUUGCUCACACUUUCUCCCGUGUUGUGCGCUUCAUUGUUGUCCCUGCUAUUCUGGGCGUUCUGGCCGGUCUCACUGCCAGCGCCGUUGGUAUGCUUGUGGGCCAGGCUAUCAUCUUCCUCUGGCAGCGAUACCGCGGCACCAAUAAGCAGGAGCACAAGGCUGCUUGGGAGGAGGGUAACGCUUGUGAGAAGCAGGGUUUGAUGACCGAGUCCACCGAGGAGUACCUCCCCGAAUACACCGAAGAGGUCUCUCAGCCCCGUGGAUCCAUGGAUAAGAACUAA